AUGGGCAGCCCCUGGAACGGCAGCGACUGCCCCGAGGACGCGCGGGAGCCGCCGUGGGCCGCGCUGCCGCCGUGCGACGAGCGCCGCUGCUCGCCCUUCCCCUUGGGCACGCUGGUGCCGGUGACGGCCGUGUGCCUGGGCCUGUUCGCCGUCGGGGUGAGCGGCAACGUGGUGACCGUGCUGCUGAUCGGGCGCUACCGGGACAUGCGGACCACCACCAACCUGUACCUGGGCAGCAUGGCCGUGUCCGACCUGCUCAUCCUGCUCGGGCUGCCCUUCGACCUGUACCGCCUGUGGCGCUCGCGGCCCUGGGUGUUCGGACAGCUGCUCUGCCGCCUGUCGCUGUACGUGGGCGAGGGCUGCACCUACGCCUCGCUGCUGCACAUGACGGCGCUCAGCGUGGAGCGCUACCUGGCCAUCUGCCGGCCGCUGCGCGCCCGCGUCUUGGUCACCCGCCGCCGGGUCCGCGCGCUCAUCGCCGCGCUCUGGGCCGUGGCGCUGCUUUCGGCCGGGCCCUUCUUCUUUCUGGUGGGCGUCGAGCAGGACCCCGCGGUCUUCGCGGCCCCGGACCGCAACGGUACUGUGCCGCUGGCCCCCUCGUCGCCCGCCGCGGCGUCCCCGCCGUCGGGGCCCGGAGCGGAGGCCGCGGCUCUGUUCAGCCGCGAGUGCCGGCCGAGCCGCGCGCAGCUGGGCUUGCUGCGCGUCAUGCUGUGGGUUACCACCGCCUACUUUUUCCUGCCCUUCCUCUGCCUCAGCAUCCUCUACGGGCUCAUCGCGCGGCAGCUGUGGCGGGGCCGGGGCCCGCUGCGAGGCCCGGCGGCCGCGGGUCGGGAGAGGGGCCACCGGCAGACCGUCCGCGUCCUGCUGGUCGUGGUUCUGGCCUUUAUAGUGUGUUGGCUGCCUUUCCACGUUGGCAGGAUCAUUUACAUAAACACCCAAGACUCGCGGAUGAUGUACUUCUCCCAGUACUUUAACAUUGUUGCGCUGCAGCUUUUCUACCUGAGUGCAUCCAUCAACCCAGUCCUCUACAACCUCAUCUCGAAGAAGUACAGAGCGGCGGCCCGCAGACUGCUGCGCGAAAGCCGAGCGGGGCCCAGAGGCGUGUGCGGAAGCCGGGGCCCUGAGCAGGACGCUGCAGGGGACACUGGCGGAGACACAGCUGGCUACACCGAGACCAGCGCUAACACAAAGAUGGCUGCGUAG